CCGUCACUCUCCACGCUCUGCUUUCUCAGAAAGAAGCUCUCGAAUGCUCACUGAUGAGCCGGGCAGUGUAAAGUCCAGCCAGAGGCAGAUCAUUAACCUGCUUAAUCUGUCCCGGCUCCCCUCUCUUCUAUAAAGCCAGCUACUUGUUGGACGGCAUGUAAAAUAAAGUAUCAGUAUCAUGGGCCCUGCAGAGCCUGCGCUCUCAUCCAGCCUCCACAGGCCGAGGAAGCCCUCCAACGCCGAAGAUGAGCCUAAGUUGCCCCUUGAAGAUGACCGUGUCCAGGAGCAGGCUGCUGAGGGGGUUGAGGGCAUUGAGCAGAUCUCUGAAAUCCAUGCUCAGACACCAGGCUUUGACAUGAUCUACAGAAUUGAGGAUGUACCUCCCUGGUAUUUGUGUAUUUUGCUUGGACUACAGCACUACCUCACAUGUUUCAGUGGCACCAUCGCCGUGCCUUUCCUUCUGGCCGAUGCCAUGUGUGUAGGCCGGGAUCAGUACACUGUAAGCCAGCUAGUCGGGACUAUUUUCACCUGCGUGGGCAUUACUACUCUUAUCCAAACCACUUUUGGUGUCAGGUUGCCCCUGUUUCAGGCCAGUGCGUUUGCUUUCCUCAUACCUGCCCAGGCCAUUCUAAGACUGGAGAGGUGGAAAUGUCCUCCUGAAGAGGAGAUUUAUGGAAACUGGACCCUGCCCCUCAAUACCGCACAUAUCUGGCAGCCCCGGAUUAGAGAGAUUCAAGGGGCCAUUAUUGUGUCUAGUAUGGUGGAAGUGGUAAUUGGGCUGGUGGGGAUUCCUGGACUCCUGCUCAAUGCCAUCGGGCCUCUGACCGUCACCCCCACCGUGUCCCUGAUCGGCUUGUCCGUGUUCCAAACUGCCGGAGACCGUGCAGGCAGCCACUGGGGCCUCUCUCUGCUAUGCAUCUUCUUCAUUGUGCUCUUCGCUCAGUAUCUCAGAAAUUGGGCCGCCCCCUUUCCCUUUUACUCCAGACAGAAAGGCUGUCACACCUUUCGUUUCCAGAUCUUCAAGAUGUUUCCGAUCAUCAUGGCUAUCAUGCUGGUUUGGCUCGUGUGUUAUAUCCUCACUUUGACAGACGUGUUACCCAAUGACCCGGAGAAGUACGGCUACAAGGCUCGAACCGAUGCCAGAGGAGAGAUCAUGUCCCAGGCACCAUGGUUUCGCAUGCCCUAUCCCUGUCAGUGGGGUAUACCCACAGUGACGGUAGCUGGCGUGCUGGGAAUGUUUAGUGCCACUUUAGCUGGCAUAGUCGAGUCUAUUGGAGACUACUAUGCCUGUGCCCGUCUUGCUGGAGCUCCCCCACCUCCUAUUCAUGCCAUCAACAGAGGGAUCUUCACAGAGGGUGUGUGCUGCAUCAUAGCAGGCUUGUUGGGAACGGGAAAUGGCUCCACUUCCUCCAGUCCUAAUAUUGGAGUGCUGGGCAUUACCAAGGUGGGCAGUCGGAGAGUGGUGCAGUAUGGGGCAAUCAUAAUGUUACUAUUAGGAACCAUUGGGAAGUUCACAGCCUUGUUUGCCUCGCUGCCGGAUCCAGUGCUGGGAGGUUUAUUCUGCACCUUGUUUGGUAUGAUCACGGCUGUGGGUUUGUCUAAUCUGCAGAGUGUGGACCUGAACUCCUCACGAAACCUUUUUGUCCUGGGGUUCUCCAUGUUCUCUGGCCUUAUGCUCCCCAAUUACCUGGACACUCACCCAGGCAGCAUUAAGACAGGUGUCCCAGAGCUGGAUCAAAUCCUUACAGUUCUCCUGACCACAGAGAUGUUUGUUGGAGGAUUCAUAGCAUUUGUACUGGACAAUACCAUUCCAGGUACAAAAAAAGAGCGUGGUCUCACUGACUGGAAGGCUGAGGUCUCUACAGAAAUUGGUGGUGUCAAUUCAGACACAUAUAAUUUCCCAGUCGGCAUGGGGAUGGUAAGGCGGCUUGAUUGUCUUCGCUACCUGCCCAUCUGCCCCACUUUCCAAGGCUUUAAAUUGCGUCGGCGUAAAAGAAGCUUGUGCGAGGAGCUGAACAAUAAGAAUGACGAAAGCGCAGUAAGGAACACUCCAGGGGCCGCAAACUGCACCAAAGUGUAAACAUGUAUUCCUCAUUAUGUUAUUAUAUCAUACAUUUUAUACACUGCUAGAUUUUCAUAUCUGGAAAAAAACAAACAAGCAUUUUUUCUUUUUACUUUUCCUUGUUAAUGAAUCUAUUUAUUGCUAUGCUAUGUGCACUGAUUUGUGAGAACAGAAAACGCCAUUAC